CCACCCACCAUGGCCCUGUGGACGCACCUCCUGCCGCUGCUGGCCCUGCUGGCCCUAUGGGGGCCCGAGCCCGCCCCCGCCUUCGUCAACCAGCACCUGUGCGGCUCCCACCUGGUGGAGGCGCUCUACCUGGUGUGCGGGGAGCGAGGCUUCUUCUACACGCCCAAGACCCGCCGGGAGCUGGAGGAGCCCCAGGCGGGGCAGGUGGGGCCGGACGGGAGCCUCGGCGCGGGCGGCCUGCAGGCCCUGGCCCUGGAGGGGGCCCCGCAGAAGCGCGGCAUCGUGGAGCAGUGUUGCACCAGCAUCUGCUCCCUGUACCAGCUGGAGAACUACUGCAACUAGCCGC